CGGGAGUUGUGGCUCCGGAAGGGGCCUUGGUCGCUGACAGAGACUUGCAUCCGGGCUGGCCUGCUCUGGAGGCCACAGCUGGCGGCGAGAUGGAGAGUGGAGGAGGCACGCCGACAGGGGAGUUCGUGAAUAGGAUCCCGGUGCCCCGACCUCCCUCCAUUGAAGAGUUCACCAUAGUGAAGCCCAUUAGCCGCGGCGCCUUCGGGAAGGUGUAUCUGGGGCAGAAAGGCAACAGGUUGUACGCGGUGAAGGUUGUCAAAAAAGCAGACAUGAUCAACAAAAAUAUGACUCAUCAAGUACAAGCUGAGAGGGACGCCCUGGCCCUAAGCAAAAGUCCUUUCAUUGUGCAUUUGUACUAUUCACUGCAGUCAGCAAACAAUGUCUACUUGGUAAUGGAGUAUCUCAUAGGUGGAGAUGUCAAGUCUCUCCUACACAUAUAUGGUUAUUUUGAUGAAGAGAUGGCUGUGAAAUAUAUUUCUGAAGUGGCAUUGGCUCUAGACUAUCUUCAUAGACAUGGAAUUAUCCACAGGGAUUUGAAACCAGACAAUAUGCUUAUUUCUAAUGAAGGUCAUAUUAAACUAACAGAUUUUGGCCUUUCCAGAGUUACUUUGAAUAGAGAUAUCAAUAUGAUGGAUAUUCUUACAACACCAUCUAUGGCUAAACCUAGGCAAGAUUACUAUUCAAGAACCCCCGGACAAGUAUUAUCUCUCAUCAGCUCUUUAGGAUUUCACACUCCAGUUGCAGAAACAAGUCAAGAUUCUGCAAAUAUUCUUUCAACCCAUGUAUCUGAAACAUCACAGCUUUCUCAAGGACUAACUUGUCCUAUGUCUAUAGAUCAAAAGGACAUUACUCCUUAUUCUAGCAAACUACUAAAAUCAUGUCUUGAAACCGUUGCCUCCCACCCCGGGAUGCCUGUGAAGUGUCUAACUUCCCAUCUCCUCCAGUCUAGGAAAAGGCUGGCGACAUCCAGCACCAGCAGUCAAUCCCACACCUUCAUGUCCAGUGUGGAAUCCGAGUGCCACAGCAGUCCCAGAUGGGAAAAGGAUUGCCAGGAAAGUGACAACACAGUGGGCUCUACAAUGAUGAGUUGGAAUACAGUCGAAAGGAGUUUAUGUACAAAAUCUACAAAUGCCGUGGAGACCAAAAGUUUCAAUAAAAGGGAUCUUGAGUUAGCCGUUUCUCCCAUUCCUAACAGCAGUGCCGAUCCUGCCACUGGAAACUCUUGUGGAAACCUUGCUGAAAAAUGUUCUUCUGGGGAAGUUUCUUGGGAGGCAAGAGAACUGGAUGUAAAUAAUAUUCAUCUGGCUGCUGACACAAGCCAGUCUGGUUACCAUCAGUCACAUCGAUGUGCUGUGGAUUCCAGGGGGGUGACUGAAGAACACCUUGGGAAAAGAAGUUGUAAAAGAAGUUUUGAGUUAGUUGACUCCAGUCCUUGUCAGGAAAUUAUACAGAAUAAAAAAAAUUGUAUCGAGUAUAAGAGUAGUAAUGAAAUGAGAGAUGGUUAUGCCAAUCAAAGGACAGGCUUAACAGGUAAAGUCCAGGACCUUAAGCUGUCAGUAUACAGAGAUCAGCAAAAUGACGGGGCUAAUAAGGAGAACAUGGGCAGUUCUUUCACUGAUAAACAACAAACACCAGAAAAAUCACCUGUCCCAAUGAUAGCAAAAAACCUUAUGUGUGAACUGGACGACGACUGUGACAAGAGUAGUAAGAAAGACUACUUAAGUUCUAGUUUCCUGUGUUCCGAUGAUGAUAGAACGCCUCAAAGUAUUCGCAUGGACUCUGAUUCAUCUUUCCCUGGAAUUUCCAUCAUGGAAAGUCCAUUAGGAAGGCAGUCCUUAGAUCCAGAUAAAAGCAUCAAAGAAUCCUCUUUGGAAGAAUCAAAUAUUGAAGACCUACUUCCUACAUCCCCCAGCUGCCAAGAAAGCACCUUGCCGAGAGGCGAUGAGAGUCAUGCCGUCCAAGACAGCAACCGAAAAAUGUUAGCUCCUUUGGAGGCGCUGAAAACAUUAACCUCUAAAAGAAAUGCUGUGGCUUUUCGGAGUUUUAACAGUCAUAUUAAUGCAACCAAUAGCUCAGAACCAUCCAAAAUGAGCAUUACUUCUUUAGAUGUGAUGGAUAUUUCAUGUGCCUAUAGUGGUUCAUAUCCCAUGGCUAUAACCCCUACUCAAAAAGAAAGAUCCUACAUGCCAUAUCAGACCCCAGAUCACGUCAAGUCAGGAACUCCAUACCGAACUCCAAAGAGUGUGAGAAGAGGGGCGGCCCCUGUGGAUGAUGGGCGAAUUCUGGGAACUCCAGACUACCUUGCACCAGAGCUGCUGUUAGGCAGGGCCCACGGUCCUGCAGUAGACUGGUGGGCACUUGGAGUUUGCUUGUUUGAGUUUCUAACAGGAAUUCCCCCUUUCAACGAUGAAACACCCCAGCAAGUAUUCCAGAAUAUUCUGAAAAGAGAUAUCCCUUGGCCUGAAGGUGAAGAAAAGUUAUCUGAUAAUGCUCAAAGUGCUGUAGAAAUACUCUUAACCAUUGAUGAUACAAAGAGAGCUGGAAUGAAAGGCCUCCUUUCAGUUAAUACCCAGCCAGCUGUGGAUGGGUCAUUCUUAUAACUAUGGAAAGUGGACUGGUCACGGCAACAUUUGAAGGAGGGAGACUGAAUAGAAGGCUACUGAACCAGCCCACCUGGAUUCAAGACAUAUUUCAGAGGUGGAAUCAAUACGACUUACUGAUGGAUGGGAUGAGGAGGGUGAAAGAAUGGGAGUUUUGAGCUGGUUUGUUACAUAGCAUCAUUGCAGCAAAUACCCUUCCUAUACAUCCCAACUUACAACAAAGUGACAUUUCAGACACCAGAAAAAAGAGAAUAUCCUAUAAGCAUCCAAAGAAAGAGAAGAGACUGGUAAGAGAAAACAGAAAAUAUAUAUAUUGGUCUCUGCCUCCUGUUCCCGCACAGAGCUCCUAAAAUACUUCUAUCAAUAAUUUCCAAAGGGAUAAGAGCACCAGGAGCAUUUUUUUUGUUCUCAUAUUUGGUCUUUGACUCUGGUUCCUGACCCAGGGCUUCUGGUUCCCCUGGGAUUUCCUGGGUGAUAGCAAUAUCCUUUGUUCUAAUGAGGUGACUCUGGGUGGGCUCCUGUAGGGGGCCCUGUCAACAGAAAGACCCAGCCAUGAUUAGAAACUUGGAAUUUUCUGGGACUUCCCUGGUGGUCCAGUGGUUAAGACUUUACACUUCCACUGCAGGGGCACGGGUUCAAUCCCUGGUUGAGGAACUAAGAUCCUGAAUGCCAUGGGGCCAAAAAACAAAAAACAAACAAGCUUGGAAUUUUCAGCCCCACCCUGCAUUCUCCAGAGAAAGGAGACGGGCUGGAAAGGGAGUUAAUAUUUGAUUGUGCCUAUGUGACUAAUCCUCCAUCAAAAUCCCCAAAGUACAGGGUUUGGAGAGCUUCUAGUUGGUGAACACGUGAAAGUGCUGGGAGAAUGGUGCCCCCUGGAGAGGGCACGGAAGCUCCACACCCCUUCCUCCAUACCUUGCCCUAUGCAUCUCUUCCAUUUACACGUCCACCUGUAUCCUUUACCAUAUCCUUUAGUAACAAACUGAUAAACAAUAAACUGUUUACACAUGAGCUGUGACUGCAAGGGAAGGAAAAAGUGAAAUCUUCAAUUUUCAGUAGAGGGGGGACUUCCCUGGUGGCAGUGGCACAGUGGUUAAGAAUCCGCAUUCCCAAUGCAGGGGGCUCGGGUUCGAUCCCUGGUCUGGGAACUGGAUCCCACAUAUAUGCCACAACUAAGAGUUUGUAUGCCACAACUAAGGACCCAGCGAGCCACAACUAAGGAGCUUGCCUGCUGCAACUAAGGAGGCCAUGUGCUGCAACUAAGAAACUGGUGACCUGCAACUAAGGAGCCCACUGCCUACUGCAACUAAGACCCGACGCAACCAAAUCAAUAAAUGAAUACAAAAAAUUUUUUUUCAUUAGAGGGAAGUAAAUAAUUCCCAAAACAGAAUUAUCAAAAAGUAGCAGUUCAAAAAAGCAAACAAACAAUGACGAACAACAUAAUUACUGAAAUUAAAAAUACUCUAGAAGGACUCAAUAACAGAAUAACUGAGACAGAAGAAUGGAUAAGUGAGCUGGAAGAUAAAAUGGUGGAAAUAACUGCCAGGGAGCAGAAAAAAGAAUGAAAAGAAUUGAGGACAGUCUCAGAGACCUCUGGGACAACA